AGGAUCCAGAUCUCUCUCUCUCCAAUCCGCACCUCCCCAAGUCCACACCCUUCUCCUUUGAUCCCGGGGCGUCUGAAGCUGCUGUCCGCCACGUGGAAACUGAGCACAGGGGCCCAGGAAAGAAAGAAAGAAAAAGUGAUGGGGAGAAACGUCCCCAGAGCGCAUUCUCUGUAAAAAAUAAAAGCUUGCAGUCCUCCUGUACGAGGAUGGGAGGCAGGAAAAGGAGCAGAGGGCGGGGGCGCAAAGGGGACUUUAAAAAAACAACACACCAUUGCGAAGCUCCUCCUUGGACGACCUUGAUGAACUUUGCAAAGGAAGGAAAUCACGGGGUGGGAGGGCAGCUGGUCAUGUGAGGCGAGUCCAAUAAAGGGGAAUUUUGCUUUGCUUUUUCUUUCAAUUUGGCUGAGAGACACUUCCCGCAGCCGGCAGCUUUGCUAGACCAGGUUUAAGUGAAUCAGGAGAAGCUGGGGGAGAAAUGGCCUCACCCUCCUCUCCUUCCAGGCUCCUUUGGGGGGUCUUGCUCCUUGCGCUGCUCUCUCUGGCUCAGGCAGGCAGAAAUUUCUGGCUGUUCCGCCAGCAGGUCCUGAAGCAGCGAGAGCAGCGCGCGAUGCAGGAGGCGUAUCUUCGCCUGAGACAGCUGCCUCGGUUCCUGGUCCCAGGGAUGUGGAGCGCUCCCCUCGAGAGCUUCAUCCGCCAGCCCCUGGACCACUUCAACCGGCAGGAACAGCGCACCUACAACCAGCGAUUCUGGAUUAACCAGGACUUCUGGCUACGCCCUGACGGACCGGUCUUCCUCUUCAUCGGGGGCGAGUCUGCCUUGUCGGUGUUUGAUGUGUUGGCAGGACACCACGUGGAGCUGGCCCAGAAGUACGGAGCUCUGGUGGUGGCCCUAGAACACCGUUACUAUGGGGCCAGCAUCAAUCCCGAUGGGCUGCAGGAUCACAACCUUCAGUUCUUGUCCAGCCAGCAAGCCUUGUCUGACCUGGCCUCCUUCCACCACUUCGUCACCCAGAAAUUCAACCUGACUUCCAACAACACCUGGAUUUGCUUCGGAGGCUCCUAUCCUGGCUCGCUGUCUGCCUGGUUCAGACUCAAGUUUCCCCACCUGGUCUUUGCUGCUGUUGCUUCUUCUGCCCCCGUCAGAGCCCAGCUGGAUUUCACAGGCUACCUUAUGGUUGUUGCCGCAAGUCUGUCCAAUCCAGUGGUCGGUGGUUCCAAAGAGUGCAUGGAGGCCGUGGCUGAUGGCUUCUCUGCUGUGGACGCCCUGGUGCAAGAUGGAGCCUGGGCCAAGCUGGCAAAGGACUUCCGCUCCUGCCAGGAGUUGGAGGGCUCCGGCGACUGCGUGGAGCUGGUGUCCAACCUGGCUGACAUCUUCAUGCUGGCUGUGCAGUACAACAACGAAUACAUGGAGUGGAGCACCAUCGCCAACUUUUGUCGUGUCAUGACCAACAACAAGACUGGCUCUGCCUACCAGAGACUUAUGGCUGCCAACAACGUGUAUUUGGAUGGCAUGAACAUGACAUGCACACAGAACAAUCACACAGAGGCCCUGAAGGAGCUGCGCAGCACAUCCAUCUCCACGACAGGUGUGGGCAUCAGGCAGUGGUACUUCCAGACAUGUACAGAGUUCGGAUACUACCAAACCUGCGACGACCCUGCCUGCCGUUUCUCUCGCUUCAUGAACCUGACGACUGAGCUUGAUACCUGCCGAGAGGUCUUUGGCAUCCCCUCUCAGGCUGUCCAGGAGGCUGUGUCCUUCACCAACGACUACUAUGGGGCCGAUCGCCCCAAAGCCAGCCGUGUCCUCUUCGUUAAUGGUGACAUUGAUCCUUGGCACGCCCUGAGUGUCCUCAAGAACCAGUCCCGCUCCGAACGGGCCAUUUUAAUCAACGGCACUUCCCACUGCGCCGACAUGAGGACACCCAGCCCCCGAGACCCACUGCCCCUUGUCCAUGCCAAAGAGCAAAUCUCCUUGCAGGUUGAUGAGUGGCUGAAGUUAGCGAGAAAGAUAAAUCAAGGCAGCUGAGGGGCCAAAUGAGAAGAUGCUUCGCCAGCCCAAACCGCCGACGCCUUACCUUCGAGAAAGACGGCUUGCUCCUGCCUUGCCUUAGAGACUCACAAAACAUCUUUGCAUCACCUAGGAAAUAACUAUGCGGCACAAAUGACUGUCGUUUGUUUUUUUUAAAAAAAGCUUCAAUUUCCAAAUACAGAUUUAUUUAUUUUUAAUACCCUUGAUUCUUCACUGUUGUUGAUAUGACGAUGAUGAUCUGUCGAUGGAGCUGGAUUUCGUAGCGGGUGGAAGAUGGAGUGUCCAUAAGGAUGCCAAUAUAUUUUUUCUUUUCUUUUA